AUGACUGACUACUAUUCAUAUGAGAACAUUGUUCCAAGCUUCCGUCUAGACGGACGUUUAGCCAUUAUUACUGGAGGUUCUGGAGGUUUGGCUUCUGUCAUUAGUAGAGCUUUAGUGGCCCAAGGUGCAGAUGUUGCACUUGUUGAUGUUAAUUUAGAACGUACCCAAGCAGCCGCCAAAGAAGUUAAUGCCUGGGCCGUUGAAAAUCAAAAACACUGGGCUUCUACAUCAUCAUAUAUUCCAAAAGUAUCAGCUUGGUCUUGUAACAUUGGUGAUGCCAUUAAUGUUGAAACCACUUUCUUAGCCAUUAACACAGAACAUGAUAACAUAGCUGAUCUUUUAAUUAACACAGCAGGUUAUUGUGAAAACUUUGCAGCUGAAGAUUAUCCACCAACCAAUGCCGAAGCUAUCAUGAAAGUUAAUGGGUUGGGUUCAUUUUAUGUGUCUCAAGCCUUUGCUAAACCAUUGAUUCUUAAUAACAAAAAAGGUUCCAUUAUUCUUAUUGGUUCAAUGUCCGGUACCAUUGUUAAUGAUCCUCAACCUCAAUGUAUGUAUAAUAUGUCUAAAGCUGGUGUUAUUCAUUUGGUUCGUUCGUUGGCUUGUGAAUGGGCAAAAUAUAAUAUCAGAGUCAAUACUUUAUCUCCUGGUUACAUUUUAACUCCAUUAACCAGAAACGUUAUAUCCGGUCAUACAGAAAUGAAAGAUGCAUGGGAAUCAAAGAUUCCAAUGAAGCGUAUGGCUGAACCAAAGGAAUUUGUUGGAUCCAUUCUUUAUUUGGCCAGUGAUUCUGCUUCAAGUUACACAACCGGUCAUAACUUGGUGGUUGAUGGAGGUUAUGAAUGCUGGUAA